GGCUGGGAGUCCGCUGAAGGAGCAGGAGCAGGGCCAUGCCCCAGCCGCCCCCCGGAACUUCCUGAGCCUGCACCCCGGCCACCACCCAUUCAGGCACUCCCCCACAGGGGCCCAGACAUCAACCCCCAUCAUGGGCAGCAAGGAGCGCUUCCACUGGCAGAGCCACAAUGUGAAGCAGAGCGGCGUGGACGACAUGGUGCUGCUGCCCCAGAUCACCGAGGACGCCAUUGUGGGCAACCUCCGCAAGCGCUUCAUGGACGAUUACAUCUUUACCUACAUCGGCUCCGUGCUCAUCUCCGUAAACCCUUUCAAGCAGAUGCCCUACUUCACUGACCGAGAGAUCGACCUCUACCAGGGCGCGGCCCAGUACGAGAAUCCCCCGCACAUCUAUGCCCUCACGGACAACAUGUACCGGAACAUGCUCAUUGACUGUGAGAACCAGUGUGUCAUCAUCAGUGGAGAAAGUGGAGCUGGGAAGACAGUGGCAGCCAAAUACAUCAUGGGCUACAUCUCCAAGGUGUCAGGAGGGGGCGAGAAGGUCCAGCAUGUGAAGGAUAUCAUCCUGCAAUCAAACCCACUGCUGGAAGCCUUUGGCAAUGCCAAGACCGUGCGCAACAAUAAUUCCAGUCGCUUUGGCAAGUACUUCGAGAUCCAGUUCAGCCGUGGUGGAGAGCCCGACGGGGGCAAGAUCUCCAACUUCUUGCUGGAGAAAUCUCGCGUGGUCAUGCAAAAUGAAAACGAGAGGAACUUCCACAUCUACUACCAGCUGCUGGAAGGGGCCUCUCAGGAGCAGCGGCAGAACCUGGGGCUCAUGACCCCCGACUACUAUUACUACCUCAACCAAUCAGACACCUACAAGGUGGACGGCACCGAUGACCGGAGCGACUUCAGCGAGACUCUGAACGCCAUGCAGGUCAUCGGGAUCCCGCCCAACAUCCAGCAGCUGGUUCUGCAGCUCGUGGCGGGGAUCUUGCACCUGGGAAACAUUAGCUUCUGCGAAGAUGGAAAUUAUGCCCGGGUGGAGAGUGCAGACCUCCUGGCCUUCCCCGCCUACCUCCUGGGCAUUGACAGCGGGCGGCUGCAGGAGAAGCUGACCAGCCGCAAGAUGGACAGCCGCUGGGGUGGGCGCAGCGAGUCCAUUGACGUGACCCUGAACGUGGAGCAGGCAGCCUACACACGGGAUGCCCUGGCCAAGGGGCUCUAUGCCCGUCUCUUCGACUUCCUUGUGGAGGCCAUCAACCGUGCCAUGCAGAAGCCCCAGGAGGAGUACAGCAUCGGCGUGCUUGACAUCUACGGCUUUGAGAUCUUCCAGAAAAAUGGCUUUGAGCAGUUCUGCAUCAACUUCGUCAAUGAGAAGCUACAGCAGAUCUUUAUCGAACUCACCCUCAAGGCUGAACAGGAGGAGUAUGUACAGGAGGGCAUCCGCUGGACCCCCAUCCAGUACUUCAACAACAAAAUCGUCUGUGACCUCAUCGAAAACAAGCUGAGUCCCCCAGGCAUCAUGAGCGUUCUGGACGACGUGUGCGCCACCAUGCACGCCACGGGCGGCGGUGCCGACCAGACGCUGCUGCAGAAGCUGCAGGCGGCCGUGGGCACCCAUGAGCACUUCAACAGCUGGAGCUCUGGCUUUGUCAUCCACCACUACGCUGGCAAGGUCUCGUAUGAUGUCAGCGGCUUCUGUGAAAGGAACCGAGAUGUCCUCUUCUCUGACCUCAUUGAGCUGAUGCAGACCAGUGAGCAGGCCUUCCUCCGGAUGCUCUUUCCUGAGAAACUGGAUGUAGAAAAGAAAGGCCGCCCCAGCACUGCCGGCUCCAAGAUCAAGAAACAAGCCAAUGACUUGGUGUCCACGCUGAUGAAAUGCACACCCCACUACAUCCGCUGCAUCAAACCCAACGAGACCAAGAGGCCCCGUGACUGGGAGGAGAACAGGGUCAAGCACCAGGUGGAGUACCUCGGCCUGAAGGAAAACAUCAGGGUGCGCCGGGCAGGCUUCGCCUACCGCCGCCAGUUCUCCAAGUUCCUGCAGAGGUACGCCAUUCUGACCCCUGAGACGUGGCCGCGGUGGCGUGGGGACGAGCGUCAGGGGGUCCAGCACUUGCUGCGGGCUGUCAACAUGGAGCCGGACCAGUACCAGAUGGGGAGCACCAAGGUCUUCGUCAAGAACCCCGAGUCGCUCUUCCUUCUGGAGGAGAUGAGAGAGCGAAAAUUCGAUGGCUUUGCCCGUACCAUCCAGAAGGCCUGGCGGCGCCACGUGGCAGUCCGGAAGUACGAGGAGAUGCGGGAGGAAGCUUCCAACAUUCUGCUGAACAAGAAGGAGCGGAGACGGAACAGCAUCAAUAGGAACUUCGUCGGGGACUACCUGGGGCUGGAGGAGCGGCCAGAGCUGCGUCAGUUCCUGGGCAAGAGGGAGCGUGUGGACUUCGCUGACUCGGUCAACAAAUAUGACCGUCGCUUCAAGCCCAUCAAGAGGGACUUGAUCCUGACGCCCAAGUGCGUGUAUGUGAUUGGGCGGGAGAAGGUGAAGAAGGGACCUGAGAAGGGCCAGGUGCGUGAGGUUCUGAAGAAGAAGCUGGAGAUCCAGGCACUGCGGGGAGUUUCCCUCAGUACGCGGCAGGACGACUUCUUCAUCCUCCAAGAAGACGCAGCUGACAGCUUCCUGGAAAGCGUCUUCAAAACCGAGUUUGUCAGCCUCCUGUGCAAGCGCUUUGAGGAGGCGGUGCGGAGGCCCCUGCCCCUCACCUUCAGCGACACACUACAGUUCCGAGUGAAGAAGGAGGGCUGGGGCGGAGGUGGCACCCGCAGCGUCACUUUUUCCCGCGGUUCCGGCGACGUGGCGUUGCUCAAAGCUAGCGGCCGGGCCCUCACGGUCAGCGUGGGUGAUGGACUGCCCAAAAGCUCCAAGCCUACACGGAAGGGAAUGGCCCAGGGAAAACCUCGAAGGUUUGCCCAGGCCCCUACUCGAGCAGCUCCCGGGCCACCCAGAGGCCUGGAUCGCAAUGGCGUGCCUCCUUCUGCCAGAGGGGGCCACCUGCCCCUGGAGAUCACAUCCGCAGGGAGCUCCCAAAGACCACCACAGGGCCCUCCGUCUUCAGCCUUGGGGGCCAGCAGACGCCCACGGGCACGGCCCCCCUCGGAGCACAACACAGAAUUCCUCAAUGUGCCUGACCAGGGCGUGGCUGGCAUGCAGAGGAAACGCAGCGUGGGGCAGCGACCUGUGCCUGGUGUGGGCCGACCCAAGCCCCAGCCACGGGCACACGGUCCGAGAUGUCGGGCACUGUACCAGUAUGUGGGCCAAGAUGUGGACGAGCUGAGCUUCAAUGUGAACGAGGUCAUCGAGAUCCUCUUGGAAGAUUCCUCAGGCUGGUGGAAAGGGCGGCUGCACGGCCAGGAAGGCCUCUUCCCAGGAAACUAUGUGGAGAAAAUCUGAGUGGGGCAGGGGCCUGCCCUCACACCUGCCUGCCUGCCCAGGAGCCAGGCCUUGCAAUGCAGAUCUCUCGUUCCCCUUGACUGCACUGGCCAGAAGGUCCAGUCUUGUGGCCUCCAGCCCAGCCUAGCCCAGGCGCUGGGUCUGGGGUCACCACUGCAGCCGCCCCCAGGCCCUGGCCUCCCCCACAUCACACUGGUUUCCUCCUAUGUCAAACAGGGCUAACAGCAGAACCUACCUCCCAGCCGCCUUGUCAGUAGGAAAUGAAUUGUGUCCCACAGGCCAAGUGCAGGGCAUAGUCGGGGGAGGAGGGCUUGACAAGCAUGACUUCCCUCCUUCUCUCAUCACUGAGGCAAUAAAUGUUUGCUGAGUGAAAACAUGAAUUAACUGGAA